AUGGAAAAGCUGUCUGUGGAUUACGUGAAAAAAUCCAUUCUGGAAUUCUCCAUUUACCCAGCACCUAGAAUAUCUUCUGGAGUUGUAGAGCCCUAUAACUCAAUAUUGACCACUCACAGCACAUUAGAAUAUUCAAAUUGUGCUUUUAUGGUGGACAAUGAAGCCAUUUAUGAACUCUGUCACCGUAAUUUGAGCAUUGAACGCCCUUCAUAUGUGAAUCUAAAUAGGCUUAUAGGACAGAUAGUGUCUUCUAUUACUGCAUCACUGAGGUUUGAUGGAAUCCUUAAUGUUGAUCUAGUUGAAUUUCAAACCAAUCUAGUGCCUUACCCUAGAAUUCACUUUCCACUUGUCACAUAUUCACCAAUCAUAUCUGUGGAGAAAGCUUACCAUGAACAGUUAUCUGUGCCAGAUAUUACAAACAGUUGCUUUGAAGCCAGUAACCAGAUGGUGAAAUGUGACCCUCAACAUGGUAAAUAUAUGGCAUGUUGUCUCUUAUACCGAGGAGAUGUAAUGUCAAUAGAUGUCAAUGCAGCAAUAAUGGCUAUCAAAACUAGGAGGAAUAUUCAGUUUGUAGAUUGGUGUCCUACUGGGUUUAAGGUUGGAAUAAACCAUCAACCUCCAACUGUGGUUCCAGGGGGUGAUUUGGCUAAAGUCCAGCGUGCUGUAUGUAUGUUAAGUAACACCACUGCCAUUGCAGAAGCUUGGGCUAGACUAGAUCAUAAGUUUGACUUGAUGUAUACCAAGAGAGCAUUUGUACAUUGGUAUGUUGGAGAGGGAAUGGAGGAAGGAGAGUUUUCUGAGGCAAGAGAGGAUAUGGCUGCCUUAGAAAAGGAUUAUGAAGAAGUGGGAGGAGAAAUAAAUGAUGGCAUAGAUGAUGAUGAUGAUAACAUAAAUUGUUGA